ACAUCCACACGUCAGCCAUGGCGGUCAGAAUAAUCGCGAUUCAAACGCUGCUGUGCCUCGUAUCUUAUACUUUCGGGCAACAAGCAUGCUUCGAUUCCUUCGUCGUCGUGCCCACUCGUACAGCAACCGGAGCAACUGGAAACGCAGAUCCGACCUGCCUUCUUCGAAAUCCACCGGUUGCCAGAAGAAACGACUACACGUACUUUCCGGGCAUCGGUGGCUACAAGCUGCACUCGAAAGCAGUUUCGUGGAACCAAGCUCGAAUCACCUGCGAAGAGGAAGGCGGGCACCUGGCCAUCAUCAAUUCUUUGGCCGAGAGGGAUGCAGUGGUGACGGUGCUCAAGGCAAUGAACCCAAAUCCGAAUUAUGUCAGUCUCGGCUUCCACGACCUUUACGAGGAGGGCCACUACGUCACUAUCCACGGGCAAACUCUGGCCAGGGCUGGGUUCAACGAAUGGGCGAAAGGAGAACCCAAUAAUGAUGCGGGCUCUGGAAAUUGUGGAUCUUUGCACUUGAGUGGCGGGCUCAACGACCACAAUUGCAAUAAGCCACAUCAUUUCAUAUGCGAGGUACCAAUCCAUUGGCAGUAGCUGGAAAACCGUUAAGCAGAUUGCAAGAAACGUCAACGAAGCAAAAUAUAUAAUCAAGUCAUAAUUUUAAAACAAAAACUCAUGUUGAUGUACAAUAUAAGCCGUGAAAAUGUAAUGAAAAAUUAAAACUUCUUACGCGGUAUAAUUUAUUGCAAUUGCCCACUAUGUGCUUCCCUUAAUACCACGCAAAGUGAGCGCAUUAUUUCGAAUCAAGUUGGAAGGUCCCGAUGACAGUUUCACUGUAUAGUUAUUUCGGUAGGUGUGUGCGUAUAAAUACUAUUUCCGACACGCAUGCGUAUUAUGCAUACGCAUUAUACAUGUAACAUAUUCAUGCACAGGGAAGGGCGUGUUUGAUAACGAGAUGAAUAGUUACACAACCGAGAAGCUGGAAUUGUAACAAGGCGUGACGAAUUUGCAAUCAGCAAUGAUCAAAUUCCAAAAUAGGGAAGUUUCAUCAAAUAACAUCACAAGUGUGAUUUAGGCUACUUUAAUUGCAUAAACGGCACGGAUUUUUGUGUGUUAUUUACAUAUUAAUUUAUACGAGCAUUAUUGGUUUAGUUUGAAUUAGGAUUAAGCAGUAGAAAAAAAUUCAAUUAGGCGUAAAAAUAUUUCAAAGUUUUCGGUACGUGAAAUUAGCCAAAAGUAUUUUGAUUUCACGUCCGCCGUAGUUUCGUACGUUUGGCGAACAAGUUUUCUUGCAAAUUUUCACUGAUACCAAUCGACAUACAAGACAUAAUUUAUUCAUAAAUCGGUGCAACAUGAAUGCUCAUGGCUUCCAAUCAUCCUAAGUAACUGAGAAAAUUUUCAGGUCGGAUGAUGAUGCUCUGCCCGUAAGAAAUUGGAAAAUCCCACUUUUGCUAACCGUGUACGAGAAUAUAAACUUUGAACCGCAAGUAAAAGCAACAGUUUAAGAAAAAAGGAGCAAAUUUUCGGAUGUUACUCGAAUAAACUUACCCUUCCGCACAUCAAUGACGACAAAUUGAACUAGCGCUAAGUCGGCCGAAAAUGAGACAUACUCUUGGAUUUCAUUGCUAUCUCACGCGCUGAAUUAAGCCAGUAAUUUUACAGUGCUGUCGUAAGUGAACUAAAAAAAAUUUUGAUGUUGACACCCAAAUUUCGACGACACAUAAUAUGUGCCGAAUCUCUUCAGCCCGGUUGUCCUUACGACUGGACGAACGUUCACCGCGGAGGGCAUCGAAGAUAAAGGUGAAAUCACUCCUGAGAAUGCAAAUCGAACCGAAGUAUCACUUAGUCCAAUUA